GAGCUGCCCGCCUGCCAAACUGCUCUCCUUGGGACUUGGUAUUUCACAUUUGCUGAGGUCCUAGACUCGAUUAAACAUCCCGUCGACACUUGCUGAGUGGCAGUUGCUACUUGUGAUCGUUUUGCUCUCCUGGGGAUUCGUCAUCUACGCAUCAACUGUAGCUGCACGACGACAGCUACAGAAGGCUUUUCCAGACAAAUUCUUUGAAAUGAACGAACUUUGGUAGUUCCCAGCAAAACCUGGUUUUGUCCCUCAAAUGGCACCUAUGUAGACUUAAAAGUAAAAUUCACAAUACAAAAUUGUGUAUGGUCUUUUGUGAUACGCGUUAGCAUGCUAAUUUUUCAUAUGGAUCAAACAGCCCUUUCUUUCUGUAUCAGGUUAUAGAUUUUUUGUUUGUU